GUCAGCUGGCUCCUCCAUCUGAACUGUAGCGAGAACCUCUCCCACUAGGAGACAUCACCAUCACCUCCCGACCCCGAAAUAAUUGCCACAAACCUGUUCAUGGUGGCGUCCGUCGUCGUUGGGGUUUUUCAAUAUUAUUCUCUUCAUUAAUUAAUGUAUUAAUUUCCCCAGCCAGCAAUGGCUGGGAUCGGUGGUUGCGGCUGCUAAGAGGCAGGUGCGGCAUUAUCGACGAAGGCAUCUCUCUCCCAACUCGGCAUGGCCCGGGAGAGGCCACAUCCACUGGAGAGACAGCCCCGCGGUGUCCGCUCCCUCUGAGGCCGCUGUUCGGAGGGACUCAUCCAGCUGGGCCGUACACGACGAGCUGGCGCUGGCGGAGGAGUACGAGUGGCCCUCUGUAUAUUUUCAUUCUAUUCUAUUUCCUUCGCCGAGGUGACUGUUAUGCGGAAUCACACGUUUUUCCUGCGUUGACCCCCCCGUCCGAAAACACCUCCACAGUCGACAAGACCUUUGAAAGUCCUCAUCUGGAUCACCGCAGCCAGCUGCAGCCGCCAAGAUGAUGGAGCUCCAGAUAGACGAGGUGGUCUACCAGGACGACUACGGCUCCUGUACCGUCAUGUCGGAGCGGGUGUCGGGCCUGGCCAACAGCAUCUACCGGGAGUUUGAGAGGCUGAUCCGCAGCUACGAUGAGGAGGUUGUGAAGGAGCUCAUGCCGCUGGUGGUGAACGUCCUGGAGAACCUGGACGCUGUGCUGUUGGAGAACCAGGAGCAUGAAGUGGAGUUGGAGCUCCUGAAGGAGGACAACGAGCAGCUCAUCACCCAGUACGAGAGGGAGAAGGCGUUGCGUAAGCAGGCGGAGGAGAAAUUCAUUGAGUUUGAGGAUGAGUUGGAAGAAGACAAGAAGGACCUCCAGGUACAAGUGGAGUUUUUGGAGCUGCAGGGGAAACAACUGGAGCUCAAGUCCAAGAACUACGCUGACCAAAUCACACGGUUGGAGGAAAGAGAGUCCGAAAUGAAGAAAGAAUACAAUGCUCUGCACCAGCGCCACACUGAGAUGAUCCAGACGUAUGUCGAGCAUAUUGAGCGCUCCAAAUUGCAGCAGACAGGGAGCAACAGCCAAUCAGAUGGCAGUGGACGAACUCACCGUCACACAUGGAGGAAAAGCAAAGCAGAGCGGCCGCCAUCGUUGAGCCUGUAUCCCACCGGCGAGGGCAUGGUACGUGGGGGCGUCGGGGGGGCUAGGAUGAUGCCCGUGAAAGACAUCUGGCAGGUCAGCGAGCUCGGCCAGUCCACCCUCAGUUCGGCCUAUCAGGAGGAUGGAUCGGAGUCUGACUCUGUGGCAGCCACCCCCAGCAGCACUGGAAGCAAGUCCAACACACCCACCUCCUCCGUCCCCUCCGCCACUGUCACCCCUAUCAACGAGGGCUUCCUCCCGCCCUCUGAGUUUGAUGUGAUGCGGGCUGGAAGCCGGGGUAGGAAAAGCGCCAAGCGCCUCAGCCGUAAUAUGGAAGUCCAGGUUUCCCAGGAAACCCGGAACGUGAGCAUCGGUAUGGGAAGCAGCGAUGAGUGGUCAGAGUUUCAAGAAAUCAUCGAUUCUACUCCUGAAUUGGACAUGUGUGUGGAUCCCCGAGUGUACGGAGGAGGAAACAGCCCCUCCCAGGGAAUAGUGAACGAGGCCUUCGGCAUCAACACAGAUUCGUUGUACCACGAGAUCAAAGACGCCAAGUCGGACAUCAUUGGAGAUGUAGACGCCGGUGCAGAGCUUCUUGGCGAGUUCUCAGUCCGAGAUGAUUUCUUUGGGAUGGGCAAGGAAGUGGAGAACCUGCUGACAGAGAACAAACAGCUCCUAGAGACCAAAAACGCUCUCAACAUUGUAAAAGACGAUCUUAUUGCCAAAGUGGACGAGCUGUCCAGUGAGCAUGAGGUGCUACGGGAGGAGCUGGAGGCCGUGAGGCAGUCCAAGAACAAGGUGGACGCCAGAGUCAAGGAGCUGGAAGAAGAACUACGGAGGUUAAGAGCAGAGGCUCUCGGUGCAUCUCGGGACUCCAAGGAUGAAGGAAAUGAUGAUUUUUCAUCUCCCAUACAAGAUGGCGACAUGACCAUGACCCAGAGGCGGCGGUUUACCCGGGUAGAGAUGGCGAGGGUGUUGAUGGAGAGGAACCAGUACAAGGAGAGGCUGAUGGAGCUGCAGGAGGCUGUGCGGUGGACAGAGAUGAUCAGGGCUUCCCGCGAGAGUCCUGCAAUCCAGGAGAAAAAGAAGUCUACCAUCUGGCAGUUCUUUGCACGUCUCUUCAGUUCAUCGUCCAGUCCUCCGCCUGUCAAGCGUCCGUACUACAGCGUUAACAUUCACUACAAGUCGCCCUCACCGGCGGGCUUCCCUCAGCGCCGCAGCCACACCAUGUGUCAGAUCUCCACCUCCAACCGCACGUUGGAGUUCUUCCCAGAAGAACUGGCCAGUAACGGUGUUGCGUCUCUCCUCAGUGACUCGGCACUGUUGGCCCGCCGAGAGCAGCGGCGGGAACAGUACCGGCAAGUGCGCGAGCACAUGCGUCGCGACGAUGGCAUCAUGCAGGCCUGUGGCUGGAGUGUUCCGCCACGUUUCAAACAGACCGGCGGUCAGACGGACAGCGCUCAGGACAGCCAGCUGAAAAGACAACAGACUAACAGUGAAAAAGAGGAUAAUCGCAUGAAGAACGUUCCUGUCCCGGUCUACUGUCGCCCCCUGGUCGAGAAAGACCCCAACAGAAAGCUGUGGUGUGCAGCCGGAGUGGACCUGACAGGAUGGAGAGCCAGCAGCCAGGAGUCAGGACCACUUAAAGCGGUCUCCAGUGGCAGCGACCCCCUGCAAGCAGAGGAGAAUGAAGGAAGCAAGAAGAGCAACCACAACUCUCCCGAGAAGAGGAAGAGCGUGAGUACUUCUGCCCCCUCUGGUUGCACCUCCAACGCUCCUCUCCUCCUCCAGUCCAAGGAGCUGCAGGAAACAGACACCAUGAGCAGCCGUGUUUGGAUCCUCACCAGCACCCACUCUGCCAGCAAGGUGGUGAUCAUCGAUGCCAACCAGCCGGGCUCGCUCGUCGACCAAUUCAACGUCUGCAACGCUCACGUGCUCUGCAUCUCUAGUGUGCCAGCUGCCAGUGAGAGCGAUUAUCCGGCUGGUGAGAUCGUGUUGGAUCCAGGUGAUGGUGGUGCAGGGGGAGGCGAGGACACCGGCAGCGUGGAGGGUAUGUUGGCUGGUAUCACGCUAGUGGGUUGCGCCACUAACUGCAGUGUUGCCCGUAGCAACUGCUCCUCACGCACUGACACUCCCAUAAUGGACAAAGGACAAGCACCCGUCGCUCCCCCCGCAAGUGGCAAGAUUCACCCGGCCCAGUCUGCUGAGGAGGCCACAGAGGCCACCGAAGUUCCAGAGUCAACAUCCAAUCACGCAGAACUUGGAUCCGCACCUUCAGGACCGUUCACGGAACACGUCUUCACUGAUCCGCCGCCUCGUCCAGCAGACGGCCCUGACAGGGCCGCUGGUCAGUCCAAAGAGGAGACGUCAGUACCUCCAGAGAUGGAAGAUGGUGGUAAAGAGUCCAAGAAUUACACCAGCAUGGCACCCACCAUGUGGCUCGGGGCCCAGAACGGCUGGCUUUAUGUCCACUCUGCGGUUGGCAACUGGAAAAAUUGUCUCCACUCCAUCAAACUCAAAGACUCCGUGCUCAGUCUGGUACACGUGAAGGGUCGUGUGCUGGUCGCCCUCGCUGACGGGACCCUUGCCAUAUUUCACAGAUCAGAAGACGGCCAAUGGGAUUUAUCUAACUAUCACCUCAUGGACCUGGGGCGACCUCAUCAUUCCAUCCGUUGCAUGGCCGUCGUGCACGAUAAAGUGUGGUGCGGCUACAAGAACAAGAUCCACGUCAUUCAGCCUAAAAGCAUGCAGAUUGAGAAGUCCUUCGACGCCCACCCUCGUAGGGAGAGCCAGGUGCGCCAGCUGGCUUGGAUCGGCGACGGCGUGUGGGUGUCGAUCCGGCUCGACUCCACGCUGCGCCUCUACCACGCCCACACGCAUCAGCACCUGCAGGAUGUGGACAUCGAGCCCUAUGUCAGCAAGAUGCUCGGCACCGGCAAGCUGGGCUUCUCAUUUGUGCGCAUCACGGCUCUUCUGAUUGGUGGAAAUCGCCUGUGGGUGGGAACUGGAAAUGGGGUGAUCAUCUCCAUCCCGCUAACAGAGACGGUGGUCCUUCACCGGGGACAACUCCUGGGUUUGAGGGCCAAUAAGGUAUCUCCGACAUCUUCCGGGGGAGUGAUCCAUGUGUACGGCGACGACGGCUCCGAGAAAAGCAACGGCAGCUUCAUCCCCUACUGCUCCAUGGCUCAGGCACAGCUCUGUUUCCAUGGACACCGCGAUGCUGUCAAGUUCUUUGUGACAGUACCCGGCAACGUUCUGGCCACACUGAAUGGCAGUGUGCUGGACAGCCCGUCAGAGGGUCCGGGCUCCACGGCCCCUCCGGAGACCGAGGCCCAGAGUGUUCAAAAUGUGUUGGUGCUCAGCGGUGGAGAGGGUUACAUUGACUUCCGCAUAGGGGAUGGAGAGGAUGACGAGACAGAGGAAGGAGAAAGCGACGGAGCCUCACAGGUCAAACCUGCUUUGUGCAAAGCCGAGCGGAGCCACAUCAUCGUGUGGCAGGUGUCUUACAUACCCGAGUGACAUCUCCUUCUCACUAUCUCCUUUCAGCCACUCAAACUCUGCAAUGUAAAUCCCUGGUCAUGUAUAAGUUCUCCCUUGGCUCUAAAAGUGUAUAAAUCCAUGACUGUACAAGCUGUGCAUCAUCCCUCGUGCCCUGUCAACUACUAACGUUAAUGCCUUGUACUUUCCUAAUCUGCCUGCCAUGCUGUUACUGUCGCAACAGGGCAUUCUAAAUAUCAUUGUGGGCCUUGUAACUCAGUUUCAUAACUACCUCCCUCCCCCACUUAUCUGUCGUGUGUUCACCCUUCAAGCACUAUCUCCUUCUAUAUUGUCCUGCAUCACCCCACGGUUCCUUCUCUUCCUUAAGUUUGCCACCCGGCGAACCCAAAAUCCUUCUCAAAGCGGCUCGAAGCCCCUCCCCGAAAUCUAUUGUAUGUACCAAAACCAUUUCAAAACGAUACCGAGAUUGACGUCAGAUUACAUUUCAAGUUGCCAUCGGUGAAAUUUCAUCCAUUAUGAUACUUGUAGGAAUACUUGCACUUGGAAUACAAAGUGAUUACAAAUGGAUGGAUUCAAUGGUGAAGGCAUGUUUAAAUGAUAUUAUUACCAGUCAUCUCACCUUUAAAGAGAUAUUUAUUGAUAGAAACAGUUGGGAGUACCCCUGGUGAAAGGUCCGAGGUUAUUGUGGUGCUUUAGGUGACAUAAAGCACAAGGUGGAUUGUUGUCACUGUGUGUACAGGGUCACUGUAAAGCCCAUCCUCUUUGGUCAACAUGGAAAUUCAUGCAUUGAUCUCUGUGUGGAUUAUAAAAUAUUAAACGUGUGUGCUGAUAAA